AUGAAAUUCACAACAAUCUCCACUGCCUUGGCCGUCACUUUUGGUUACAGUGUCCUUGCUUCUCCUAUCGACAAGCGUGCAGUUCCUGGCUACACCUCUCGUUUCCAGACUCUGUACUCUCAGAUCCAUAACUCUACUAAUGGAUACUUCAGCUCUCUCGGCAUUCCGUACCAUAGUGUUGAAACUUUGAUGUGCGAGGCUCCUGACUAUGGUCACGAAUCGACUUCUGAGGCCUUUUCCUAUUAUAUCUGGCUUGAAGCCGUGAACGGAAAAGUCACUGGAGAUUGGACUGGUUUCAACAAGGCCUGGAGCAUUCUUGAGACCUACUUGAUCCCAAGUGCUGCAGAUCAGCCUACCAAUUCCAACUACAAUCCCAGCAGCCCUGCCAGCUUGGCUUUAGAAUCUGACAAUAUCAGCGAUUAUCCUCCGGCAUAUCAAAGCGUUCCUGUCGGCCAGGACCCUCUCGCCGCCGAAUUGCAGUCUGCUUAUGGCAACGCUAACAUUUAUGGUGCUCAUUGGAUCCUCGAUGUUGACAAUUGGUAUGGAUUUGGUCACUGCGGAGAUGGCACCACCAAGCCAUCUUACUUCAACACCUUCCAACGUGGCCCAAGCGAAUCUGUAUGGAAGACGAUUCCUCAGCCCAGUUGUGAGACCUUCACCUGGGGUAGAAACGACGGUACUGGUUACCUUUCUCUCUUUACUCCUCCAACUUAUGCCAAGCAAUGGAAAUAUACCACUGCCCCUGAUGCUGAUGCUAGAAGUAUUCAAGCUGCUUACUGGGCCAAUGUUUGGGCUACUGCUCAAGGAAAGUCCGCUGAUGUUGCUGCCACUGUCGCUAAAGCAGCCAAACUUGGUGAUUACUUGAGAUAUGCUUUCUUUGAUAAGUACUUUAAGGUUAUGGACUGCCAAAGCCCAUCCUGCGCCGGAGGAACCGGAAAGACCUCUGCUCAUUACCUUCUCUCAUGGUACUAUGCAUUCGGUGGAAGUUUGUCUACCAGCGGCGGUUGGGCUUGGCGUAUUGGUUCCUCUUAUGCUCAUUUUGGUUACCAAAACCCUCUCACUGCUUGGGUCCUCUCCACCCAAUCGGCAUUCAAGCCUGCUUCGCCUUCAGCUGUUGGUGACUGGACCACAUCGCUUGGUCGUCAAAUCGAAUUCUACAAAUGGCUUCAAUCUUCUGAAGGUGCUAUCGCUGGUGGUGCUACCAACAGCUGGCAAGGUGCCUAUAAGACUUACCCUGCUGGAACUCCUACCUUCUACGGUAUGGGCUACGACUGGGAACCUGUGUACCAUGACCCUCCGUCCAACCAAUGGUUCGGUAUGCAAGCCUGGUCCAUGGAACGUGUUGCUGAAUAUUACUACGUUACUGGCGAUUCCAAGGUUUCUACUCUUUUGACCAACUGGAUCGGCUGGGUUAAGAAGGUCGUUACCUUGACUUCUGAUGGCUCGUUCUCAAUGCCUGGAGGUCUCAACUGGACUGGUCAGCCUGAGACAUGGAAUCCUUCCAGCCCUGCUGCUAACACUAACCUUCACGUUGUUGUCACUUCUCAAUCCACCGGCGCUCCAGAUCUCGGUGUUGCCGCUGCUGUUGCUAAGGCUUUGGCAUACUAUGGUGUUAAGGCUGCUGAUACCUCCGCUACUACUUUGGCUCAAAAUUUGCUUGAUAGAAUGUGGACUCUGUACUAUGAUGGCCAAGGUGUUGCCGCUCCUGAAACCCGCGCUGAUUACUCUCAAUUCAACGAUGCCUUGACCGUUCCUUCCGGCUGGGUUGGUGCUAUGCCUAAUGGAGACGUGAUUGACAGCAGCAGUACUUUCUUGUCUAUUCGCAGCAAGUACAAGACUGAUCCCAACUUCCCCAAGGUCCAAGCUUACCUCAACGGCGGAGCUGCUCCUGUCAUUACUUACCAUCGUUUCUGGGCUCAAGCUGAUAUUGCUAUUGCCCACGCCGUGAUUGACAUGCUGCUCAACAACAGCACCACCACCACCACUACUUCUGCUACUGGAACUGCAACCUCCUCUUCCACCACCACCUCCAAGCCUACUACUACCACCACUACCACUACCACCACCACCACUACCACCUCUGCAUCUCCUACUAGCACUGGUGCUUGCGCUGCUCGAUGGGGUCAAUGCGGUGGUAUCAACUUCUCCGGUCCUACAUGCUGCUCUGGUGGAUACACCUGCACAGUAAGCAACCCUUACUACUCCCAGUGCUUGUAG